AUGCAUAUCAAGCAGAUGCUCACCGAGGCCGAGGGCACCGGCCAGCCGUCCUUCUCCUUCGAGUAUUUCCCUCCCAAGACGGCCCAGGGUGUUCAAAACCUCUACGAUCGCAUGGGCCGUAUGUACAAUUUCGGCCCCAAGUUCAUCGACAUCACCUGGGGUGCAGGUGGCAGAAUUGCCGAGCUCACCUGCGAGAUGGUCCACCAAGCCCAGGCCGUCCACGGUCUUGAAACCUGCAUGCAUUUGACCUGCACUGACAUGGGUAUGGAGAAGGUCAACGAUGCUCUAAAGAGGGCUUACAAGGCUGGCUGCACCAAUAUCCUCGCCUUGCGCGGUGACCCCCCUCGCGACCAGGAGAAGUGGACAGCCACCGAGGACGGGUUCCAGUAUGCUCGCGACCUCGUCAAGCAUAUCCGGAAAGAAUUCGGUGAUCAUUUCGACAUUGGCGUGGCCGGUUACCCCGAGGGAUGCGACGACAACAAAGAUGAGGACCAGCUCCUCGACCACCUCAAGGAGAAGGUUGAUGAAGGUGCUUCUUUCAUUGUUACGCAGAUGUUCUACGAUGUCGACAACUUUAUCCGUUGGGUGAAGAAGGUCCGCGAGAAGGGUAUCGACAUUCCCAUUCUGCCCGGUAUCAUGCCUGUUGCAACAUACGCCAGCUUCCUUCGCAGGGCCAACCACAUGCAGUGCAAGAUUCCCCAAGCAUGGCUAGACCGCCUUGAGCCUGUCAAGAACGACGAUGUUGCUGUGAGAGAAAUUGGUACGACCCUGGUUGCCGAAAUGUGCCGCAAACUGCUCGCCAAUGGCAUCUUCCACUUGCACUUCUACACCAUGAACCUUGCUCAAGCCACCCGCAUGGUUCUGGAAGAGCUCCAAUGGACCCCAUCGGCCGAGCGACCCCUGCAGCCAGCACUGCCCUGGAAGCCUUCCAAGGGCUUGGGUCGUCGUGACGAGGACGUGCGCCCCAUCUUCUGGCGUAACCGCACAAAGGCGUACGUUUUGCGCACACAAGACUGGGACGAAUUCCCCAACGGACGAUGGGGUGACUCUCGCUCUCCUGCCUUUGGAGAACUCGAUGCGUACGGCAUUGGCUUGACUGGCUCCAACGAAGCCAACAGGAAGAAAUGGGGGGAGCCUCGAUCUUAUCGAGACAUCGCUGAACUCUUUGUCAAGUAUCUGAAGAAUGAGAUUGAGACAUUGCCUUGGAGCGAAUCUCCUCUGACAGGCGAGGCAGAUGCCAUCAGGGAAAACCUGGUCAACCUCAACAGACGGGGCAUCCUGACCGUCAAUUCCCAACCUGCUGUUGACGGCGUCAAGUCAUCUCACCCUGUUCACGGUUGGGGCCCCUCCAAUGGAUAUGUAUACCAGAAGUCGUACCUCGAGGUGCUGGUUCAUCCUCGACUGUAUCAGGAGCUGACCAGCCGCAUGGCCAAGCAUGAAGACCUGACUUACUAUGCCGUUACCAAGUCUGGCCAGCUCGAGACCAACGCACCCAGUGAGGGCCCUAAUGCCGUGACAUGGGGCGUCUUCCCCGGCAAGGAGAUUGUCCAGCCGACCAUCGUCGAGAGCGUCAGCUUCCUUGCAUGGAGAGACGAGGCCUUCCAAUUGGGAAUGGAUUGGGCCAAAUGUUUUGAUUCAGGUUCUGCCAGCAGAAAGCUCAUUGAGCAUAUCAUGACCGACUGGCACCUGAUCAAUAUUGUAAACAACGACUUCCAUGACAACGAGAGCAUAUUCAAACUCUUUGACGGCCUAGAGAUUGAUUUCAAGGAACUAGAGUCGCCUUUUGAAGGUCAGACAGACAAUCAGGAAUCUGUGUCUAAUGGCACCCACGCCUCCCAGGCGAUUCCCAAGGAAGCUGCCGCCUUGGUGGCAAACUAA